UCCGGGCUCUUCCGGAAGCGGAGCCGCGGACUGGCCGGUCGGACUGAGCCGGCAGGGCGCCGCGCCGGUCUCCCUCCCCGCGGUAGGGCACCAUGGACGACGCCAGCAGCUCCGCGGGCAACGGAGGCUUCCGCCCGGGUGUGGACAGCCUGGACGAGCCGCCCAACAGCCGCAUCUUCCUAGUGAUCAGCAAGUACACGUCCGAAUCGGUGCUGAGGGAGCGCUUCUCGCCCUUCGGCGACAUCCAGGACAUCUGGGUGGUGCGCGACAAACACACCAAGGAGUCCAAGGGCGUCGCCUUCGUCAAGUUCGCCCGCAGCUCACAGGCCUGCCGGGCUAUGGAGGAGAUGCACGGACAGUGCCUUGGCCCCAACGACACCAAGCCCAUCAAGGUUUUCAUUGCUCAGUCCCGAUCCUCAGGAAGUCACAGAGAUGUUGAAGAUGAAGAACUCACAAGAAUCUUUGUUAUGAUUCCAAAGUCCUAUACAGAAGAAGACCUGCGGGAUAAAUUUAAGGUGUAUGGCGAUAUCGAGUAUUGCAGCAUUAUUAAGAAUAAAGUCACUGGAGAAAGUAAAGGUCUGGGUUACGUGCGAUACUUAAAACCAUCACAAGCCGCGCAAGCAAUAGAAAACUGUGACAGAAGUUUCAGAGCGCUCUUGGCUGAACCUAAAAAUAAAGUAUCCGAGUCCCCAGAACAAGAUUAUUACAGCAGCAUGCGGCAGGAGACUUUGGGGCAUGAACCUCGAGUCAAUCUGUUUCCCUUCGUUGGAGAACAACCAUCUGAAUUUCCGAGCUUUGACAAGAAUGACAGCAGAGGCCAGGAAGCGAUCUCUAAACGCCUGUCAGUUGUGUCCAGAGUCCCCUUCACGGAAGAGCAGCUCUUCAGCAUUUUUGACAUAGUCCCAGGACUGGAGUAUUGUGAGGUUCAGCGAGAUCCUUAUUCAAACUAUGGUCAUGGUGUGGUUCAGUAUUUUAACGUAGCAUCUGCUAUUUACGCAAAAUACAAAUUGCAUGGAUUCCAGUACCCCCCUGGGAAUCGGAUAGGUGUUUCCUUCCUGGAUGAUGGAAGUAAUCCGGCAGAUCUCAUCAGAAAAAUGGCCACACAGAUGGUGACGUCACAGCUGGCAUCAAUGGUGUGGAGUGACCCAGGUCAGCAGCAGUUUCUGCAAUUUGGAGGAAGUUCUGGGUCACAGUUGCCACAAAUCCAGACAGAUGUUGUUCUUCCAUCGUGCAAAAAGAAAGCCCCUCCCGAAACGCCUGUUAAAGAAAGACUUUUUAUCGUGUUUAAUCCUCAUCCUUUACCGUUAGACGUAUUGGAGGAUAUAUUCUGUCGUUUUGGUAACCUGAUCGAAGUUUACCUUGUGUCAGGAAAGAACGUGGGCUACGUCAAGUACGCAGAUAGGAUAAGCGCCACCGACGCAAUCACGACUCUGCAUGGGAAGAUUCUGAACGGGGUCAGACUGAAAGUCAUGCUGGCGGACUCCCCAAGAGAAGAAUCCAAAAAGAGGCAGAGAACUUACUGAGUCUUGAAACAGUACUCAAGAGCCCGUGGACCCUGGGAACUAAAGGUAUGGUAUGGAUAGAGUGACGGAAACGUGUGGUUAGAUGCGAAGCUGUAGUGCCCUCACUGCAGGGCUCGUACUUUGAGCUGAGCAGAUGUGAUUGAUGGCUGCAUUUGCUCCUGAGGAUGAGAAAAGACCAUGCUUGGAGAAAAUGCACCAGUCCCUGCCAGUCCGUCUGAGUGAUUGCCCCAGAAAGGGGAAGUCUGAGGUUACCCAUUAGGAAUUGAAGCCUGCGUGUCAAGGUCUGUGUGACCUAGCAAAAAUGCAGGUUGACCGAGGCCACAAUCACGGUAGCAUCUGUAAAAACUGCCUACCUGACCAGAGCGUUGCAGACGCGGGAGAAGGAAGACUUCAGGGGGUUAUUUUAAGAAAAUGAUUGUAUUUGAGAUGGGAAACUCUGUGACAAGGUAAGUACUGUUUCCCACAAAAGCUGGGAAAAUACUGAGCGUAGUCAGACAGUGGAAGUGCCUAUUCACAGAUGCUCUUCAGAGUCUGUUUCAUGAAUUCUCCGCCAUUUGUAAGCAGUGCACAACCAACUGAUUUUCUUAUGUAGAGAGUAAUGUUAUGUUCCAGCCUGUGGUGCCUAGGGCAUAGCAGCUAGGUCAGACUGUUAGGGGUAUUUGUUCUAUUAUUUUUAUUUUUUUUUAAUGCUGUAAAAAUAAAGUUAUCUACUUCA